AAUGAUGAUGACUGGAAUUAAUGUUGAUUCUCUAUAGCUAUGAAUUAACUUCUUUCUUUUGAAACAGUAACGGCAAGUGGACGUUUUUAUGGAAAUACAUCUCACUUUCACUGAUAUUAUUCCCAUUACGAUUAUGCAUAUUAUUCCACAAUUUGAUGUAUACAGAUGAGCUUAUAAAUGUAUUUGAAGCUUUCUCUACUUCUUUUGUCCCGUGUCAGAUAUCUCAGCUUCUUUCUGUAAAGAUUCUUUACCUAGCUACUGCAUCACAACCUUCAUUUAACUUUAUUUUUGUUUUUGGUACUUCUCUCCUGCACUUUAGUUCUGCUGUUCUUCCAAUUCCAGUUGCAACCAUGCUCUUCCCCAGAAGUAAAUCUUUCUCCGUCUCUGUCUCUGACUUCGUCUUCGGUCUCAUCUCUUGGCUUCUUCUCACCUCUCCAGAGACACUGCCGUCGCGCAUCCCGUAUUCUCAGUCAACCUUCACGAAUGCACAACCAGUCCAUCGACCACCAGAAUUUUCAUUCUCCCUAGCAAACAAGAUUGCAUAAACGCACUUCUACCCGGUCAACCUCCCUCUAGUUCAGCAUUCAUUUUCAUAGGUAAAACAAAACCUGCCGCGCUCAGCGCCGUAAGCCUCCGUAGUGAAGAGCAAGCUUGCUCACAUAGGUCCAGCCUGGAGAAUCACUAAAGUUUUCAUUGACCAAACCAAUUACCAAACGACGGCUUCUACUCUCCAAAUUACCCGCCAAGGAUUUUCAGGGGUAUAUGCAGAAAAUGUGCCGGAACAGCUUGUUUGGUGGCUAGUCAUAAGGUGGAGCGCCAACUGACGAUAGUAUCUUUUCCACAAAGGAGUUUCCGGCAAUGCAGGCAAGUGGAGAGAUGAAAAGAAUUAUUUUGUUAGAUAUCGAUAAUAAACCGGCGGACCUAACGAAAAUGGCGAAGACUUUGUGGGUCGUAGAGAUAAAUCACUGAGUGAGACACGAAGACUGAAAGCCCAAGUGGAGAUCUGAACUAAAAUAUAUGAGUCACUGGGGUUCGAAGGGUACGCCUGUUGUCGGACGGCUGCAAACUUAUGAGUUUCCAGGCUCUUUGAGGCGUAUGGAAGUUCAAACCAAUUUGCCUGGGACUUUGAUUUUAACCGCAGCGCAAAGUGCAAGCGGUGGGACUUAGAUUACUGAGGAGAGGUAUGGCGGUAGUGUUAAGAUAAUGAAUUCGUUGCCUGUGUGACCGAAAUCAGCGAAAAUGAUUUGUGAUUGACACGUGGAAUCUACGGUGAGGAGUACCUGUAGAAUGGAUUUAAACCAUUUCUCCCCAAGAACCUCUUAGUUAAGGGUUAUAAUUAGCUAGAGCAGUUCGGAUUCAGCUCUGUUUUACAUACCACACGAAUGAAAUGUAACUACCCACAGCAGUUCAGGCUUGUCUUACCAUAAUAUUGGACCACGACAAUUAGAAGGGCAAUUAUUAUUGUAAAAGUGGUAGCUCGAGAUAUGUGCGUCCCGAUAG